CGCGACGACAAUAUUACCUACCUGAGCACAUCUUCGCGACGGCGUACGCGCAGCCUCAGCCAUGGCUUCUGCCGCAGAAGUCCAACGCGAGACCACGGAGAAGGACGCCGAGCGUCGCGUUAGUGUCGCAAGGACGGAGAAAGGCCGCUGGGAACGCCUGUGGCCCGUUAUUGCCUGUGGUGCUGGUCUCUUUAGUGAUGGAUACCUCAACAAUAUCAUCGGGCCUGUAAACACCAUGCUCAAGACAAUCUACCCUGAUUCGUACAAGACGUCCUCGGCGCAGGCCAAUGUUUCGAGUAUUACGUUUGCAGGCACCGUCGUCGGCAUGCUGUUUUUCGGCUACACAUCUGAUCAUUUUUCGCGAAAAUGGUCUUUGAUGGCGUCGACGAUUAUCAUCAUCCUGUUUGCGAUACUGGGUACCGCUUCGUAUGGAGCCGGUGGUAGCCCAAGUGGUCUGCUCACGGCGCUGGUGGUAUAUCGCUUUUUCCUGGGAAUUGGCAUCGGCGGAGAAUAUCCAGCCGGCAGCGUGGGCUGUGCCGAGUCGACGGGCGAGCUCAAGGAGGGCUCAAGAAACAAGUGGUUUAUCCUCUUCACCAACGUCCAAAUCGACUUGGCCUUUUUCAUCAGCGCAAUCGUCGCCACGGUCGUCGUCGUCAUCACAGGCGAAAACCAUCUGCGAGUCGCUUGGCGCGUCUGUCUGGGCAUUGGCAUUAUACCCCCUCUUUCGCUGCUUUACCUUCGUCUCAAACUCCAGGAACCAGAAGCGUUCAAGCGCGAGUCUCUGGCCAAGGCCCAAACCCCAUGGCUGUUAAUCAUCAAGUACUACUGGUUCCGUCUCACCAUUGUCAGUCUCAUCUGGUUCAUAUACGACUUUAGCGCCUACUCGUUUGGCAUCUACGCAACAUCCAUCCUGGCUAACCUGCUGGGAAAGUCUGCGCCCUUGUGGAAGAGUCUGGCCUGGAACAUUCUCAUCAACUUUUUCUACAUGCCGGGCUGCCUUGCAGGUGCCUUUGUCGCCGAUAUGCCGUCCAUGGGCCCCAAAAAGACUUUGUGUAUUGGGGUCGUCUUGCAAGGCAUCGUCGGUUUCAUCAUGGCUGGAUGCUACCCCUGGCUGAGUAAGCCUGAGAAUGUUGCUGGGUUUGUUGUUGUAUACGGUAUUUUCCUGGCGCUCGGCGAGUUUGGUCCUGGAGACAACAUUGGUUUGGUCGCAUCCAAGACUUGCGCUACUGGCAUUCGAGGACAGUACUACGGUAUCGCAGCUGCAGUAGGCAAGAUUGGAGCUUUUGCCGGCUCUUACGCACUCGAUGCUAUCCAGAAAGCUGCAGGCAAUGACGAAAUUGCGGCCGGGCGGAACCCCUUCUUCGUAGCGUCAUCGCUGGCCUUUCUGGCGGCUGCCUUGGUGUUGCUGCUUCCCCACAUUGGACAGGAUACGAUUGACCAAGAGGACAUCAAGUUUAGGGAAUACCUCUCGGCCAAUGGAUACGACACGAGCAAGAUGGGCUUGGAGGGCGCACGAAUCGAUGGUGAAGAGUCUGGUGUGCCGGAAGAGCAGACGUACACAAAGUAA